UAUUUUGAAACGUCAUGGCCAAAGUGUUACCGUGCUCAAUAAUUUUGCAUGAAAAAUAUAAAAUACCACAUUAUGUCAGAAAAAAAUUAUUAAGAAACAUUAAAUAGCAUUUGCAUUUGUGUAAUUUUCCUCAAUAUAAUUUAAUAUAAAUUGAACAAGAAAUAAAUGUAGUGCAAUUUUACUUUAUUUUUCAAAAUAUUUUUAAUUGGACUAAACAGUUUGGCAUUACAGUGCGCAAGCGCCAAUAAAAGACAAUUUGACAAUCGAACGGAUCAAAACAAAACUAAAAGAAAAAUAUAUUAUUAACUAUUUAUAGUAGUUUAAUAUUUGCGUUUCAUUGGACUUCCUGAAAAUGCCAGAAAUACUGAGUUGCGAUUUCGAAGUGCACGGCAUAGUUCAAGGUGUAUCAUUUCGAAUGUAUACUGAAAGGCAAGCAAAAUCUCUUGGAGUGAGAGGAUGGUGCAUGAACACGCCCCAUGAUACCGUUAAGGGACAAAUCGAAGGUAUACCUGAAGCCUUCGAGCAAAUGAAAGUUUGGUUACUAAAAACUGGAAGCCCGACAUGUCGCAUAGAAAGAGUUGAUUUCAGUGAACCGAAAAUACUACCGGACUACAAAUUUACGAAUUUUUCAAUUCGUCACUAAUUUCAAUUGUUAUAUAUAUAUAAAGAUUGGAAAAUUAAAGUAUUGCAAAAAUGUGCACUUGUAAAUAAAA